UUUUCGAAUUUCCUCGAGGAUUGAUCAGGAAUGGUGCAAGCACUUAACCACGCGGUCUGAUUCAUCAUAUAGGAAGAGGAAGAAGGAGACACGAACAAUGGAGAACUACACUAAAGGAGAAACAAGAGACGUAGAAAUGGAGCCUGUAUUUGAAGUUAAUGAAAACUGUGUAGACAUGAAAGUUAAUGCUGGCAGUAAAAUCAGAAAUCUGAUGGGAUAUGCAAUGAAUAAAGUCAAGAACCCCUCAUUAAAAAGGAUCGUGUGGAAUGGAUCUGGCAAGGCCAUCACUAAGACUGUCACUUGUGCAGAAAUCAUGAAGAGGAAAAUUAAGGGUCUUCAUCAAAUUACUAAACUCAGGAACAGAAGAAUAGAAGAAUUCUGGGAACCAAACAUUGAGGGACUAGAAAGAUUAAAAGUCAACAGAGACAUACCAGCUAUUUCUAUCCUGUUGUCCAAAGAUCCUCUAGAUGCCAGCACACCAGGAUAUCAAGCCCCUGGAUCUUUUGAGGAGUUUUGGAAAUCUGAAACACAGCAGCAGAAACCAGCCAAGAAAAAGCAUCGAAAAUAUUACACCAAAAAAGGCAUUGACAGUGCUAAAAACAAAAACACUGAAACUUCUAAAAGCUGACAGACUGAGGCCUGCUUCUAAGGAUAAAAGAGACAUGAUUUUGAUGAAGACCAAGCAAGGAAUUAUACAAGAGCAGGGAACUAGUUUAUGUAGUUUCAUUUGGUUCCUUAAUUACAGUUUUAGUUUUGUUAUGAAACAUUUAUUUACCCGGAAAAUUUAUUGAACAUUUUACUUGUCCCAUUAUAUUAGAGCUCCUUUGGCAGCUUAUCCAUUAGAGAUGGUCCAAGGGAAUGGGAAAAUUUUAUUUGUAAUUUCUCUUCAUCAAUAUUGAUAUUUCUUAAUUUGUCAAUGAGAGAGACAAGCUGGAAAUAUGUACAUGUCAAUUUAAUCUGUACAAAUGUUGUUUUGUCUAAAACACUGAUCCUUUCUGUUUCUUUGGUGGUAUUGUUAAUGUAUAUGACAUGAAAAAUUAAAAAAAGACAACAAAUUGUU